AUGUCUGGCACGGCGCCCAUCCCGAUCAUCUCGCUCGGUGCGGGAGAAGGCGUACCGGCUCUGGGCGCGCAGAUCCUCGAUGCGGUGGUCAAGACCGGAUUCUUUUACCUCUGCGACCACGGCAUCAGCCAGGACGAAAUCGAUGCUCUCUUCCGAUGUAGCACCGAGCUGUUUCUCGAGGAAAAGGAGGCGGAGAAGCUUGCGUGCCAGGACCGGGUCAACAAUACGGGGUACACGCCAUUGAAGCAGGAGAGUCUCGACCCGAACAGCAAGUCGGAAGGCGAUCUGAAGGAGUCGUUCUACCUUGCGGGCCUGGCGAGGGCCGAGGGAGGCUCCACACCAGUCGAGGAGAGAUACCGGCCACCAUCGCAGCGUCUGCCUCCAUCGCUGUUGGCACGGCGGCAAGCAGUGGCCGGAUUUAUCGAGAACUGCAAACGGAUCAGCGAGGCGGUGUUGACCGGAUUCGCCGAGGCGAUCGAUCUUCCGCCGCAGUACUUUGUCGACGCGCAUCACGGCGAGCACGAUCGACUGCGUCUGAUCCACUAUCCUCCCACAGGCGUUUGCACGAGCGACGCAUCCAAGAGCUCCAUGAGCAUCCGCGCUGGUUCUCAUUCGGACUACGGCUCCUGCACGCUGCUCUUCCAGAAAGACGUGGGUGGGCUUCAGGUAGAGAUGCAGCCGGGCGAGUGGGUCGACAUUCCCCCACAAAAGGGCUGCAUCGUGGUCAAUGUCGGCGACGCCAUGGAGUUCUGGAGCGCGGGACUCUUCCGCUCGACGCAGCAUCGCGUCGUUCUUCCGCGCAGCGAGAGCGAGAGCGGCUCGCGCUUCUCGAUCGCUUACUUUUGCCAGCCAGACGAAGACGCACGCCUCGUCCCGCUCCCGAUUCCGGAGACGGUGCGCGAGAGGUUCAAAGGAAAGAUGAUGGACCAGCACGAAUUCCAGAGCCGUUGCGCUGCCAAGGGGGUUGCCGACGUCGCCGAGCUCACCGGCGGCCAGCAUCUGCGUGCUCGCCUGGGAGCCACCUACCGCUGA